CGAUGGGUGACAUCGAGGGCGACUUGAAUUUGAGCCGAAAGUUUCAAAUGGUUGACUGAUCCGAUCAAUAGCAGAAACCCUCAGACUCUUCAUGUGUGGCAUCAUCUGCUCGCUUCGCGCAGGAUGUCGCUGCGACACAGAUAAUACCACAGGACCAGAUGAUGCUUUUCGUGAUUUGCUCGAGCGACUGAAAGUCGCCAAUGCCGCUCGUGGUCCCGACGUACAAGAAUCCCAUCGCGUCCGCGUCCAAGGAGCAUGUCAAUGCGACUCCGGUGAGGCACAGAUGUCAUCUCCGAUUAAGACACGAGGGCUCGAUCUCGAGUUCUUUGCUUCUGAGCUCCGGCUUCGAGGAGACGCACCUAUAGUGCAACCUCAUCAACAGGAUGGGGACGUCUUUUGCUGGAAUGGCGAGGUAUUCGAAGGCUUGAGUGUCAAUGUAGAUGAAAAUGAUGGUACGAAGCUAUUUCAAAGCAUACGCUCCCUCUCCGCAAUGGAUGAUCUUCCUCUCCUGUUGGGAAAGAUCGAGGGACCGGAUACAUCACUGGAAGAAUUAUCUACUGAGGGAAUAUUCUGCCUCGAUGUAGGAAAAAUGUGUGAAUCCAACGAGGUUGCGCGAAACUUCGACAGCAGCUUGUCAUAUAUUCCACGGCAUACGGACCAGCAAAGUCUUCCAUUCGCAAAGCUUAGUCGCGUGAACACCGCGUUUCCUCCAGAUGCACCACCGUUUGUGCUCUCGUUGGACUCUGCAAUACUACCGCACGAACUGGCCAUCGCCUAUCGUCGUCUGAGAAGGGGAAGGCACAGGUCGCAGUUCCUCUUCAGUGGCGGCAUCGAUUCAACGAUGCUAGCCUUCCUUGCACAUAGACAUGUACCACUAGAUGAACCCAUAGACCUGCUCAAUGUGGCUUUCGAGAACCCGAGGAAGAUACAGGUUCAAACUGAUGGUAAUAUGGGGGCUAUUCCCAAGCGCGAGAAGAAGCGGCGACUCAAAGCAACAGAGCAAAAUGGAUCAAUGAAGGAAUCCACCCCGUACAUGGUUCCAGACCGUGUGACAGGCUUGCAGGAGGUCGAAGAGUUGAGGCAGUUAUGUCAGGGCCGGACAUGGAAUUUCGAGUCCCAAUCUGCGCGGGCAGCCGUCGAAGCCAUUAUGUUCCCUGGGCGAACUGUAAUGGAUCUUAGCCUUGCUAUGGCGCUUUACUUCGCCUCCAAAGGGGUGGGCCGAGUCCGAAUUUCCGCGGUGUCUGAUGAUUAUCAGCCAUACGCUAGCACAGCACGAGUCCUACUCAAUGGUCUCGGGUCCGAUGAGCUACUGGGUGGAUAUGGCCGCCAUCGUACUGUGUAUGCAACUCGAGGCUGGCAAGGCGUAAUCGACGAGCUCCAACUCGAACUCGACCGCAUACCGACUCGCAACCUCGGACGAGAUGACCGUGUCAUUUCCUCUCACGGCAAGGAGACGCGCCACCCAUUCCUUUCGCUCACAGUUGUCUCUUUCCUUGCGGGACUGCCCGUGCACCUCAAGCUUGACCCACGGCUUGAGCUGGGGCUCGGCGAUAAAAUGCUGCUGCGGCUUGCCGCGCGAAAGGUGGGGCUACUCGAGGCGAGCGCGAGGAAGAAACGAGCGAUGCAAUUUGGAAGCCAUUCUGCUCGCAUGGAGGGUGGUGAGGGAGAGCGGAGAGGGGAUCUUACGAUCAGGGCUGUCUCAGAGCAAUAGCGCCGUCUAUGGCGACGUAUAUGAAGAUAAAGUUACACAUGGAUGUCUAUUUCCCAUUAAGAUCACACU